AUGGCUACAGCUGGUAUCAAGCUCUCGAGUCAAACGAACUUCCACCCACACAAGUCUUCAGUACCUGUCCUCAGUAACCCAAAAAGGCCUGAUGAGGCGCGUGGGUGGCUAGCGGCCUAUUGCCUGCGCAUGGCUAAGGACGAUGAGCGGAUUAAAGGCUUCAACAAGCACCUUUCCCGUCGGGAAGACAACGACGUCAAGAACCGAGUAACCCGUAUCCGAAACGCCCACCCCGCUUUGCAAGAGAAGCUGGAUUGUCGGGCUAUGCCAUCAAUCUGGUGGGAAGGUCCGCCAAAGCGGGACGGCAAAAGAAGCGCAGUCGACUCCAGAGUGGCAAAGCCGGAUUCCGGGCAUGUCGGGUAUAUAACGGAGAAAGCGGAGAUCAAGCGCAACAACACUGGAAAGAACGGAGUAGACAACAAUGCUGUUACCAACACCAUUACCAAGCUGCCAGCCAUGACAAACGACAAUCUGGAGAGCCAAUGA